GCGCCGCCGGCCAGGUCCGCAAUAGCGGGGUGUGCGUCACGGUCUGCGCCGCUCGCGGAGCCAGGACGGGGCGGAGCUUCCGGCUGUGCUCUGGUGGGCUUGUUUACCCGCGGCGGAGGGUAACUUUGCUGUACAGGUACUUGAGCACCUGUCUGGUCCCUGGAAGUGUAGCAUCGAGACAGUUUUCUAGUCCCGUUUACAAAAUAUCUUUCCUUUGGCCAUACAAGUGGUGACUGCCAUGUCAAACUCGCGGCUCAGGUCCCGCCGAGACGCCGGGGGUGGCGCUGGGGCAGCCGGCCGGGACGAGCUGGUGUCGCGGUCCUUGCAGAGCGCAGAGCACUGUCUGGGCGUCCAGGACUUCGGCACCGCCUAUGCCCACUACCUCCUCGUGCUCAGCCUGGCGCCGGAGCUAAAAGACAGCGUGAAGGAAACUUUUCAGUACACACUUUUCAGAUGGGCUGAAGAGCUUGAUGCUCUCAAUCGGAUACAAGACUUACUUGGUUGCUAUGAGCAGGCCUUGGAACUGUUUCCUGAUGAUGAAGUGAUUUGCAAUAGUAUGGGGGAGCAUCUCUUCAGAAUGGGCUUUAGGGAUGAAGCAGCUGGGUAUUUUCAUAAAGCAGUGAAGCUAAACCCUGAUUUCAGUGAUGCAAAGGAGAAUUUUUAUCGUGUUGCAAACUGGUUGGUGGAACGCUGGCACUUUAUCAUGCUUAAUGACACCAAGAGGAAUACGAUUUAUAAUGCAGCAAUCCAGAAGGCAGUUUGUUUGGGGUCCAGAAGUGUUUUGGACAUUGGAGCAGGAACUGGAAUACUAAGCAUGUUUGCUAAAAAAGCUGGAGCACAUUCCGUGUAUGCUUGUGAGUUAUCCAAGACCAUGUAUGAACUUGCCUGUGAUGUCGUGGCAGCAAACAAGAUGGAAGCAGGGAUCAAACUCUUACAUAUGAAGUCACUUGACAUAGAGAUUCCAAAACAUAUUCCUGAAAGAGUGUCCCUAGUUGUAACAGAAACUGUCGAUGCAGGUUUAUUUGGAGAAGGAAUUGUGGAGAGUUUGAUUCAUGCAUGGGAGCAUUUACUUUUACAGCCAAAGACCAAAGGUGAAAGUUGUAAUUGUGAAAAGUAUGGGAAAGUUAUACCAGCAAGUGCUGUUAUAUUUGGGAUGGCAGUAGAAUGUGCAGAGAUAAGAAGACAGCAUAGAGUGAGUAUUAAGGACAUUGCUGGUAUCCAUUUGCCAACAAAUGUGAAAUUUCAGAGUCCGGCUUACUCUUCUGUAGAUACUGAAGAAACAGUUGAACCUUAUACAACUGAGAAGAUGAGUCGAGUUCCUGGAGGAUAUUUGGCUUUGACAGAGUGCUUUGAAAUUAUGACAGUAGACUUCAACAACCUUCAGGAAUUAAAAAGUCUUGCAACUAAAAAGCCUGAUAAGAUUGGUAUUCCUGUUAUUAAAGAAGGCAUACUAGAUGCUAUUAUGGUUUGGUUUGUGCUCCAGCUUGAUGAUGAACAUAGUUUAUCCACAAGUCCUAGUGAGGAAACAUGUUGGGAACAGGCUGUCUACCCCGUACAGGACCUUACAGACUACUGGAUAAAGCCUGGAGACCAUGUGAUGAUGGAAGUGUCUUGUCAAGACUGUUACUUAAGAAUCCAGAGUAUCAGUGUCUUGGAUUUGGAAUGUGAAAUGGAUGUUGCAAGAAGUUUUACCCAGAAUAAAGACUUGUUGUCAUUAGGAAAUGAGGCUGAACUUUGUAGUGCCCUUGCUAACCUUCAGACCAGUAAACCAGAUGCUGUAGAGCAGACAUGUGUAUUGGAAUCUACAGAAAUUGCUUUGCUUAACAACCUCCCAUAUCAUGAAGGCUUUAAAAUGGCAAUGAGCAAAGUUUUGUCUUCACUGACUCCAGAGAAACUGUAUCAGACCAUGGAUACUCACUGUCAGAAUGAGAUGAACUCUGGAACUGGACAGAGUAAUACUGUACAGAACAUCCCUGAACCUUUCUAUGUGUUAGAUGUGUCUGAAGGCUUCUCUAUUCUGCCUCUUAUUGCUGGCACACUUGGGCAGGUUAAACCAUACAGUUCUGUGGAGAAAGAUCAGCAUCGUAUUGCUCUGGACCUCAUAUCUGAAGCCAAUCACUUUCCUAAAGAAACACUUGAGUUCUGGCUGAGACAUGUGGAGGAUGAAUCUGCUAUGUUACAAAGGCCAAAAUCAGACAAGUUAUGGAGCAUAAUUAUAUUGGAUGUCAUUGAGCCAUCUGGGCUCAUUCAGCAGGAAAUAAUGGAAAAAGCUGCAAUAUCCAGGUGUUUACUACAAUCUGGAGGCAAGAUCUUUCCUCAAUAUGUGCUGAUGUUUGGGUUGCUUGUGGAAUCACAGACACUCCUAGAGGAGAAUGCUGUUCAAGGAACAGAACGUACUCUUGGAUUAAAUAUAGCACCUUUUAUUAAUCAGUUUCAGGUACCUAUACGUGUAUUUUUGGAUCUAUCCUCAUUGCCCUGUAUACCUUUAAGCAAGCCAGUGGAACUCUUAAGACUAGAUUUAAUGACUCCAUAUUUGAACACCUCUAAAAGAGAAGUAAAGGUACACAUUUGUAAAUCUGGAAGAGUGACUGCUAUUCCAUUUUGGUAUCAUAUGUACCUUGAUGAAGAGAUUAGGUUGGAUACUUCAAGUGAAGCCUCCCACUGGAAACAAGCUGCAGUUGUUUUAGAUAAUCCCAUCCAGGUUGAAAUGGGAGAGGAACUUGUACUCAGUGUUCAGCACCACAAAAGCAAUGUCAGCAUCACAGUAAAGCAAUGAAGAGCAGUUUUCCAAUGAAAACUGUUUAAAUAGAGCAUCAACAAGUACAAAAUUCUUAUCUUAAUUAGUGGGGGUCUAUAAAAAUUCCUUGUAAUGGUCAAAUAUUUUUAAACAUUGACAUUAAUAAAGCAUAUUUUAAAAUAUUCUAAAUAAAAGAGUAGCAUUAUUAUAGAAAUACUGCUGCAGAUUUGCUUUCUGGAAAAGGAUACAUCACUAGUUUUUUGAAUUAGGAAACUUCUUUUGCUCGAUAUUACGGAAUAAGGAUUUUAAAAGUCUUGUUAUUGACAUGUGUCAAUAAGUAAAGCAAAACUUUACUUUUGUAGGCAUCUUGGCCUUUUUUCUUAAAUCCAAACUUGUAAUUGGGAAACACUGAAAGGCUUCCACUGAAGACUGAGGGUUAUGGUUACCUGUAAAAUGCAAUCUUGCUUCCUUUAAAUACUCAGUGUACAUCUGAAACAUCUCAGGUUUUGUUUUGAGAAUGCAAGCUUGAAAAAGAAAUUUAAGCUAUAAGCUAAAUGUAAUUACAACAGUUAAGGAGUUAGGGAAUAAAUCUUCAGGAGGCAGCAUUUUUCUUGGUCUACUUUGGCAAAAGAACAUUUAAAAGCUGGUAACAACAAAGUUUAAUUGAAGAAAGAGUUAAUCCUAUUUUUCCAAGUUUUGAUUUGGAUGCACAAUAAGUAGAUUAAUUGAUCCAAUUUUUACAGACUUUUGAAAUAAAGGAAGAUCAUUAUUAUGCCUCCUAUAUGCUGUAUACUCUUUGUAAGUCACAAAUAAGACGGAUCUUUGCUCCAGACUACCUAUUCUUGGUACCUCUAUAAUUAUACUACCCGGCUUUAUUUUUAAAAUAAAUUUUAUUGCAUACAUUUAAGGUAUACGACGUGAAGCAAAUUAACAUAUCCAUCAUCUCAGUUACCCAUAUAUUUUUUGUUUGACAAGAGCAGCUGAAAGCUACUCAUUUAGCAUGAAUCCCAAAUACAGUACAAUUUUGUUACCUAAAAUUCUCAUGUUGUACAUUAGAUCUCUAGACUUGUUCAUCCUACAUAUCUGCUACUUUGAAUCCUUUGACCUACAUUUCCCCAUUUCUCCCUACCCCCCAUAACCAGUUUUGUUCUUUAUAUAUUUGAAUUUUUUUUUUAGAUUCUAUGUAUAUGUGAGAUUAUGCAGUAUCUUUUUUUCUGUCUGGCUUAUUUCAUUUAGCACAGUAUCUUUCAGGCCCAUCCAUGUUGUAGCAAAUGGCAGUAUAUUGUUGGUUUUUUUUUUUUUAGGGAUGAAUAAUAUUCCAUUGUGUGUAUGCAUAUAUAUAGUUUCUUUAUUCAUCUGUCAACAGACACUUGAGUUGUCUCCAUACGUUGGCUACUGCGAAUAAUGCUGUAAUGAACACGGACUGCAGAUCUAUUUACAAGGUGGUGAUUUCAUAUGCUUUGAGUAUAUGCCCAGAAGAGGGAUUGCUGGAUCAUAUGGUAGUUUUAUUUUUCUUUAGAAACUUCCAUUCCAUUUUCCGUGAGAGGUAGUACUUCAGAGUGGUUUUUAUAUGCAUUUCCUUGAUGAUUAAUUAUGUUGAGCACCCUUUUAUAUACCUGUUGGCCAUCUGUGUGUCUUCUUCAGAGAAAUGUCUAUUUAGGUCUUUUGCCCAUUUUAAAAAUUGAGUUGUAUGAAUUCUUUAUACAUUUUGGAUGCUAACCCUUUUUCAGAUAUAUGGCUUACAAAUAUUUUUUACUCAACCUAUAGGCUAUUGUUUCAUUUUGUUGACUGUUUCUUUUACUGUCAGCAGCUUUUUGGUUUGAUGUAGUCAGGUUUGUUUUUGCUUCUGUUGACUGAGCUUUUGGUGUGGUAUCCAAAAAAUCAUUGCCAAGGGUCAGUGUCCAGGAACUUUUCUCCUAUGUUUUCUUCUAGUUUUAUUGUUUCUGGUCUUACAUUUAGGUCUUUUAUCCAUCUUGAGUUGAUUGUUGUGUAGGUCUAAGAUAAGGGUCUGAUUUCAUUGUUUUGCCUGUGGAAAUGCAGUUUCCCAGCACCACUUAAUAAAGACUGUUCUUUCCCUGCUGUGUCUUCUUGGUGUCUUUGUCAAAAAUUAGUUGACUGUAUAUGUUUGGAUUUAUUUCUGGAUUCUUUCUUCUGUCCCACUGUUCUAUGUGUGUGUUUUUAUGCCAGUACCAUACUGUCUUCAUUACUAUAGCUUUGUAAUAUAAUUUAUAAUUAGGAAAUGUGAUGUCUCCAACUUUUUUUCCUCAGUAUUGUUUUGCCUAUUCAGGGUCUUUUAUGGUUACAUAUGAAUUUUAGGAUUUUUUUUCUAUUUGUGUAAAUAAUGCCAUUGGAAUUUUGAUAGGAUUGCAUUGACUCUGAAUUGCUUUGGGUAGUGUGACCAUUUUAACAAUACUAUUCUGAUCCAUGAGCACAGGAUAUCUUUCCAUUUAUUUGUGUCUUUCUUUCAUCAGUGUUUCAUAGUUUUCAGUGUACAAGUCUUUUACUGCCUUGGUGUUAAAUUUAUUCCUAAGUAUUUUUUUAAUGCUAUCAUAAAUGGCAUCUUGAUUUUUCAGUUAGAUCAUUCUUUAUGUAUAAAAAUGCUAAUGCUUUUUGUAUGUUGAUUUUGUAUUCUGCAACUUUACUGAAUUCACUUGAGUUCUAACAGAUUUUUUUUUGUGUAUCUUUGGGGUUUUUACAUAUAGCCCAGUUUUAGUUUUAAUAGAAAUGUUUAUAACAGUGGACAGAAUAAAGACUUUGUAUAAUUACUGUGAACCACUAUAUCUGUCUCUAUAUAUGUAUAUAUGAAUAAGUAUGUGUAUAAAUACAUAAAGCAAAGGCUUUGAGAAACAAUACUCAUCUUUGCUUUCUGUAACAUACUAUGGCACUUUCUAUUUUAUUUUCAUUAUAAAAUGUCAAACAUGACCCAGUGGGGUUGUGAUUAGCAAUUAGAGAAACCCCAUCAUAGGUAAUAAAGUUUUCCCAAAUAGCACCUAUAUAUCUUCUGACUGUGGUUUAAUGAGUAAUUAAGACCAUUCAGCCAAGAUUUACAUUUGCUGCCACCUUUAAUAGCACUGACGAAAAGUAGUACAUUUUUUGUUUGACUUCUUUUUCACUGUGCCUCUAAUCAAAAAUUGUUAAAAUAUUAAGGUUUUUUAAUGUUUAAAGAAUGAGACAUAAAAAAGUUGCAGAAAAUAAAUGAUAAAUUCUUAUUUAUUGAAAGACAUUCAGUUGAGAAAUAAGAGAUAUAACUGCUUGUUAGGUAAGCUUAUAUGGCACAUGAUUAAGUUCCACUAAUUCGUAUUUCUGCAUUAUGCUUUCUGAUAAUUCUGGAGCAUUAUACUCAUGCAGCAGUGGUAGGAAGUACUGAUUUUUUUAAAAAAAUGUCCAUUCUCAACUGGGCGCAGUGGCUCACGCCUAUAAUCCCAGCACUUUCGGAGGCCGAGGUGGGUGGAUCACGAGGUCAAGAGAUCGAGACCAUCCUGGCUAACACGGUGAAACCCUGUCUCUACU